AAUUUGCCCUGUGCAUUUAUACACUACUGCGACUUUAUGACAGUUAUAGCUGACAUAAAGUCGGCAGUUAUGUCCUACCUAGUAUUACAACCGAAAAAGUGGGCUGUGAUAGUACAAACCAAAUAUAUAGUUGCACAGUUUUUGUAAAGGAAAGAGGUUCCGCUUUUGAGGAAACUGGGACCGGACAUCUUUAAAGGGCAACUGCUGUGGAUUUGGUUGACGUUGCUUUGGUGCGUUCACUCGCACAGUAGAGUACGUCUGGUGUAGUCCAACAUGCCGAAAAAGAAGACAGGUCAGCGGAAAAAAGCCGAAAAACAAAGGAUGAGACAGAAAGAAAUCCGAACGGCAAAAGAUAAUAUGACCUUGGCACAGUAUCCGUGUAAUGCUGCGAUGGAAUGCGACAGGUGCAAGAGGAAACAGAAAAAUCGUGCAUUUUGUUACUUCUGUCAAAGUAUCCAGAGACUACCCCAAUGUGCCCAAUGUGGAAAAGUAAAAUGCAUGCUCAAGACUGGAGAUUGUGUUGUACGUCACGCAGGAGUUUUCACAACUGGCCUUGGCAUGGUGGGAGCCAUUUGUGACUUUUGUGAGGCAUGGGUAUGCCAUGGGCGGCGUUGCCUCACAACACAUGCAUGCACAUGUCCACUACAGGAUGCCGUUUGCAUUGAGUGUGAACGAAGUGUUUGGGAUCAUGGUGGGCGAAUCUUUUGUUGUUCAUUCUGUGGCAGCUUCUUAUGUGAAGAUGAUCAGUUUGAGCACCAAGCAUCAUGCCAGGUUCUUGAAUCAGAGAACUUUAAAUGUCAGUCGUGCAAUAAACUGGGACAGUAUUCAUGUCUUCGCUGUAAAACCUGUUAUUGUGAGGAUCAUGUUAGGAGGAAAGGCUUCAAGUAUGAGAAGAACAAGCCAAUCCCGUGCCCAAAGUGUGGAUAUGAAACAUCUCAGACCAAGGAUCUCAGCAUGUCCACGAGAAGCCACAAAUUUGGUCGGCAGAGUCAAGCCGUUGACGAAGAUGAUGAUGGAGACUAUACUCAAGGAGGCAAUGGUUAUUACGGUGGAUAUACUGAAGAUGCAGCUGAUGAUGAUGAAGAUGAUGAUGACGACGACGAUGAUGAUGAUUAUGAAGGAUCAGAUGAUGAUACAGAAAGUGAAGAAGAAACAAAAGAUGAAGAACAAGAUACCAAAUCAAAAUGAGUUUUUUUGCAAAUUCAGUUAUAAAGAAAUGUACAAGUUAGCCAGCAAAUAUAUAUUUGUUAUAAAUUUUGUAUAAAA